AUGUGAGUUAAAUUAAAAAAGGGGCUUUUCACACAGGUGCGUGAAAUUCUUUUUAAAGGGAGGCAACUCUGUUGGUCAAAGCUUCCCUGACAACACGGGAGAUUGGAAUUUAUCGUCUGACACAUUUAAAAACAAGUAAAAUUCACAAUAAUUGCAACAAAAUGACGGAGAAACCAUUGCACAGUAAUGUUAAGAACCCAGUGAUGUUGUUUGUUGGUGAUCCAAAGGCUGAAUUUCAUUCGGGUUGCAAGGUGUUCGACGUGACGUUCCCAAAUGUUAUUCAUCCAGAGGAUGAGGAAGUGGAUGAAGGGGUGAAGGUGGGGGAGAUACGCUUCAAGAAUCACUAUGUCGGCAUCCUCACACUCAGAGCCAAGUUCCGCUCAGCCGAGAACAAUGGAGAACCAGGUGAACUGAAAUGGCGGACAUGUCUGCGUCGCAUGAAGUUGAUGCCCAGACCACACACAGAGUCCGGAUCCCAGGACUACUUCAGCCUGACCCGUAAACAUCUUCUGUUUGACUUGGUGAACCUGACCGCACUACGCUUCAUCCUGCAGCAGCCGUCGCCGGUGUGGCGAGACUUCAAACUAGAGGAGCUGAAGGUGUUCCGGACGUCAGCGGUGCCAAGAAGCGUUCCCCUACCCGCCUGGCUUACAGAGGAACCAACAGAGCCGAGUGACAGAAAGAUUCCGCCCGAACAACGACCUCUGACCCCUGCAGCGUCAGGGAAGAGGGUUGCCAGGGGUGUGCCCAAUCUUGAAUCUCUCUCCGCAAACCUUCAAGAGUUGUGGGCCUUGGCAGAGGUUGUUUCAGCCAAUCAGACAACUGUUGACUUGGGAAGAUAUGAGGUGGAUGGCUGUUACGACAUCAAUCUGUUGUCGUACACGUGAUCUGUAUAAGCACUGUGAGAUACAUUAACUGAUGGACCAACAUAUUUCAACACCUAUGCAGUGAUAGACAAAUGGUUUCAACAUUGUUGAAAUAUCAGAUUGUACUGUGGGGCAGUCACCAUGGAUACAGGAUAUUCUUCUCCAGUCAGUGACGGGCAGUAUGCCAAGUAUGGUAGCCUAGUGGUUAAAACUUUCUCUCGUCACGCCGAAGACCCAGGUUCGAUUCUCCACAUGGGUACAAUGUGUGAAUCACAUUUCUGGUGUUAGCCACCAUAAUACUGCUGGAAUAUUGCUUAAAGCAGCGUAAAACUAAACUCACUCACUCACUCCAUUCAUUGAUCACGUGACAAAGGACAGCAGAUGGAUGGAAUGUCUACCAUCAAACUCAUCGUUGAGUGGUCUAGAUACCUAUACUACCCAUCAAAAGUUUAGACUCGCUUAAGUCAAUAACUAUAAGUUAUGUAUGUACAUAUGGUUACAACAAAGAUGAAUCAUCUGCAAAUUUUAUGCAGAUUAAUUGCAUGAGGAUCAUGCAUCAAAUUGCUGAAAAGCACGUACAAAUAUCGUGCUUUAGAACAGCUGCGUUUUGGUGUAAAGUUUUGAUAAAAAUACGCCAUUUUUCACCGAGUUUCAUCAUUUAUUGAACA